GAAGCAAGGCCAAGGCCAAAGCCUCUCAGCCCGGCCGUCGAGUUUGCGGCAAGCAGUCCUUGGGUGGCCGCUUGGUGAAGACCCUCCAGAAGACCAAGCAGCGGGAGGACAAAAAGCAGGACAAGAAGGAGGCCAGGGUGUCUGGACAGUUCGCGAAGUGCAUGAGCACGUACUACGAAAGGACACUCAAGGAAGAGAGGGACUUUGUGUUUUCCAAGUUGGCCGAGCACGACUCAUGGAUGCCAAAACUGGCAGCCAUGUUUCGCAGCGGUGCCUUGGAGAAGCUGCUCUCCAUGGAGGCGGAGCAAUCCAAGCAGUUGGCCGACGAGGAGGUCGCCAACGAGAACGGGGAGGACCUCGGCUUCCGUGUGAAGGGCAGGGUGACGAAGCUCUUCAAGUUGCCCAAGGACACCAAGACGAGGUUGCUGGAGGACUGGUUUGAGAGCGAGUCCUUCCCGGACCACGAGGAGGACGUCAACGUGGACUGGUUGAACCUGGUGCUCAGCUUUGUCCUGCACGUGUCCAGCAAAGCGAAUGUGCCGCCAGUCCCCAACAACCGCUUUGAGAACGUCCUCAGCAAGCAGUUUCAGUUGCGAGCCAAGUUCCUCCAGGAGAAGACGGGCUUCCUGCGAUUGGGUGCCGCCGACGGCCAGGCCGUUCAAAAGCUCCAGUACGGAGACAGGAGCAGGCUUCGGUUCUACUUCUUGGAAAACACGGAGGUCGGUCAGCAUCUCGGGUGCGGGUUCCUGGGCAAGAAGGUGCCGCUGCCGAAGCUGCACGAAGGCACUUGGGUCCUCUCGUCGGAGCACGAGUUCGAGGCUGUGGUUCAGAGCUCCACCAACGAUGCCAUGAGCCUGAUCUGUGCAAGUUUCUUUGACAAGGAGCUGAAGGACUUGAACCCUGACGACACGUGGAAGUAUGACGAAGAACCGCCGGCAGGAGCAGUGAGCUCGCAGGCUGUAGUCUGCGUCACUGGCCAAGAUGGGGAGGCCAGCAGAUUUCGUAUAUUCGACAUUGAAGAAGACCUGCACUUUCGAAGAUACAGCAAAGGACUCGCUCUGCACAACACAGUGACAGGAGAGCUAGUCGCACUACCAGACUCCACAGCGUGGACGGAUUUCGAGAUACAGCAGACUGCAGAGGGCAGUGUGCUGAAGUACACUGACGAGGAUGGUGAGCAGAAAGAAGAAGCUGUCGCUUCCAUUAUGCGGUACUCCAAGCAGGACAACGAACUGCUGGAACACAGCACGGGCCUCGCCACAUCCUGGGAACAGUGCUCCCAGGACAUUCGCGGCAGCGCCCUCACCAUGGAAACCCACCAAGGCAAUCUCUUCCGGGCCGAGAUCGCGAUCCACAAAGUACCCAGGGUGGUGGGCGAAUUAUCAACGGGUACUUGCUUUUGGCACACGAGGUGGGUGGUAUCCUUCCUCGGAGGCCAUAGAGACCACAAUUUCUCAAGCCAUGUAUCGCAAUCCCUCAGCAACAAGCUGAUGGGCUACCUGCAAGCAUUAGCCACCACACCUGGCUUGACCGAGGCAGAUAUCAAGCAGAUAUCGGACAAGCAUCUGACGAAAAGCAGGCGUUCCGAAAUAAUGACAAGCAAGCAUUCCCAAACAGUGAGAAACAAGAUCAAGAGGAAGGCUUCGGAAGCAUCCCUGGACGAGAACGAGGAGGCCGACGAGGCAGAGGCAGAGGCCGGAGACGAUGGGCCGCUCCGGCCGGUGAGACGAAAGAGCAGCGGGUCGCUGGAAACUUCGCCUGCAGGAGAGUACACCAUGUCCAUGAUGAUGAUGCUGGUCUUUCUGUUGCAUCUGUCCUGCAGAAAGAUCAGCUCGAGGAGUGGUUGGAAGGCGGGUGCGGAGAUUGUGGCUGCAAAAGCAACCAUGCUGCUCCGAGCUCUCGCUCGGAUUUUCGUUCGUGCUGCUCAGACGGUGUGUCUGCCAAAGGCCGCAGUGGAAGUGCGAGUGCAGGAGGACAGUCUCCAGGUUCAUGUGCCGAAUUUGGUGGAGUCUUGCAGUGCAUUGCGGAGCAUCCAAGACAUUGUUGAGGAGGGCUACCCUUGGAUUGAUAUGGUGGAGCUCAUGCAGACAGCCUGCCAGCAGGAAGUCGUGGGACACAGGCUGGCGAAGCGGAAAGCCUACGAGCUAGCUGUGGCUGUUUUAUGCAAGGCCUUGGCCGAUCUUUUCGAAGGAAGUCGAUUGGAAGAUGUUUGGACCGAGACCGAACUGUGGCACAUGCAGCCUUUGAAGACUUCCGGAGGCAAAAGGCGCUUGAGCGGCUCACAGAAAAAAUCUGUGGUGGACCAGACCUCGAAACAACACCUGCGGUCGGCAAGUACCGUAUUGGCCUCGCAGGCACAGGCCUGCAAGGACAGACAGAAGGGCUCCGACCUGGUGACCAUGGAGCGAUACAGCUACAGUCUGGAGCUGCACAAGCAUUUCCGGAAAGUUCGGCGGCUCUCGCUUUGCAUUGAUGGUGUGCAGGUCGGCAGCUACAGCUUGCUGAACACGGUGGCCUGUGAUCUCCAGUCAGGCUGUAGCGGCAUCUGCCCACCACAGGUCCUGAAAAAGCUCAAGGAGAACAGCGGCCCUGCUGGCAACCAGCAAUCCUGGAAGAGGAGGGUAGCUGAGUUCGUGAAGAACCGAGACGACGAAACCCUGAACAACAGAAGGAAAAGACUCAGGGACAAGUCCUCAGUAGAGCCCGUGCGAGUAGCCACGAUGCAGUGGAUGUUAGACAUCAAUCACAGCAUGCAGUGGCUGGGCUCCUCUCUCAGCGAUUUCUUUAUCAGCGAGGAGGACAUCAAGCAAAGCGAGCAGCCGCCAACUCUGGUGAUCACUACGGACCAAGAGGGCACACAGAUUGCAGCUACGAACUUCCUCAGAUGGCACCUGAAUGCAUGCAUCGAGCACACAUACGAUCCUCAGCACAGGAGGUCCAACGAUACCACCCUGGCACUGGGACAGGCUGGCGUGUUGAAGCAAGCCUGCCAUGCAGUGGGCCUGUACAACUUGCAGUAUGGGCCUUUUCAGAAGGGAGGCUUUCAUGAGCAGGUGGUGGAUGCAGCAAGAGAGAUGCACGAGGGCAUGAGUCCCAACGAUGACCUGCUGAAGCUCUUCUUCGAUGACAUCCUCCUGGACUUGGGAGAGAGCCUGGACAACAACAACGAAGCCAGGCGGAGGCAGUACCUGCGAGAGCUUCCAAACUCCCCCAUCGUCAAGUCCAAGGGACCCAAGGCGAGUAUGAGCCGUUUCAACUCACUGCAGCACUCACAGGAUCACCUCGACAAACACUGGAGCAGUUUCGCUUUGAUCCUGACCGUGGUGUGCCUCACUCAGAAGUUCGUCGACUUCGCCGACGAGUUGUGGGCCCCGGCAGGAGCAGUGGCAGCUAUCCUGAAGGAGCAACCGCCGGUUUCUGCCGCCACAGCCAAGAAAGAGGCCAAGGAAGCCCUGAACAACAUGCGAUCAAAGACAAGAAACACUUUGCACCUGUACUGCAAGUGGAUAAACGACCCCGUGAACAAGAACUUGGCUCGUAUGCUGUUCUACCUGCAGAAACCAGAGAGCGACGACAGCGGGCAGAUGCUGGCCAGCAUGCGAAGUGCAGCUGCUUGCCGGGAGCACUUUAAGAAGUGGAGUCAGUGGAGCUUCCUGGAGAUUGCCCAGCAGCAGAUCGCCGUGCUCAGCAAUCUCACACUGCUGUCCAGGAUGGGGUUCGAGAUGAGUCGCAGUGCAAGAACCAGGAGUGAGCUCACUGAGGAGAAGCUUCAGUGCGAAGAUGCCUUGGCCAGGAAGUGCUGGCUGGUGUUGUGCAAGUUGCUGAAGUUCCGCCUGGGUUCCAUGACUUGGCACACAUG